AACCCAGAUGCGGGCACUUUCCCCAGCAGAUGAAGACGCCUGAGACCUCUCAGGGCUUGGGAGGCAACUGUUCCUCGUGUCACUGACCUCCUGGAAAGGAGGGAAGGAGACGAGCUUUAUAUGAAGAAAAUAAAUGUGCCGGAGCGGCAGUUUGGAGAAGAUCACCAGGCAGGAGCUACAGUGAGAGCCCCGCGGUGUGCACGGCCGAAGCGCCCGCUCCUGCGCCCGCGUCCCCACGGCAUGCCGGGCCCCCGCCUGCUGGCCGCGCUCUGCGGCGCGCUCCUCUGCGCCUCGGGACUCUUCGCCGCCUCCGGUGACUUCUGUGACUCUAGCCAGUGCCUGAAUGGUGGGACCUGCAUAUUGGGCCAGGACAACACCCCCUUCUACUGCCUCUGCCCCGAAGGCUUCACGGGCCUGAUCUGCAAUGAGACGGAGAAAGGUCCUUGUUUUCCAAACCCCUGCCGCAAUGAAGCCGAAUGCCGGGUGGUUGACGACUCGCACAGAGGGGACGUCUUCACUCAGUACGUCUGCAUGUGUCAUCAUGGCUAUACAGGUGUCCACUGUGAGACCAUCUGCACCAUGCCGCUGGGCAUGGAGACGGGUGCCAUUGCCGACUCGCAGAUCUCUGCCUCCUCUGUGCACUUGGGCUUCAUGGGUUUACAGCGCUGGGCCCCAGAGCUGGCCCGUCUGCACCGCACGGGCAUCGUCAAUGCUUGGACAGCCAGCAACUAUGACAAGAACCCCUGGAUCCAGGUGAACCUGAUGCGGAAGAUGCGGGUGAUGGGCGUGGUGACACAGGGCGCCAGCCGCGCAGGCAGUGCUGAGUACCUGAAGACCUUCAAGGUGGCCUACAGCACCAAUGGACACAAGUUCCAAUUUAUCCAGGGUGCGGAGGGGACAGGAGACAAGAUAUUUGUGGGCAACAUGGACAACAGUGGCCUGAAAGUCAACCUGUUUGACUUCCCUCUGGAGGUGCAGUAUGUGAGGCUGGUCCCCAUCAUCUGUCACCGGGGCUGCACCCUCCGCUUUGAGCUCCUUGGCUGUGAGGUGAAUGGAUGCGCGGAGCCCCUGGGCAUGAAGGACAACAGCAUCCCCGACAAGCAGAUCACGGCCUCUAGCGUCUACAGGACCUGGGGCCUGAAUGCUUUCAGCUGGUACCCCUUCUACGCACGGCUGGACAAGCAGGGCAAGUUCAAUGCCUGGACCGCUCAGACCAAUGAUGCCUCCGAGUGGCUGCAGAUUGACCUGGGCUCCCAGAGGCAAGUGGCUGGCAUCAUUACCCAGGGGGCCCGAGACUUCGGCCACAUCCAGUAUGUGGCCGCCUACAAGGUGGCCUACAGUAACGACAGCAUGAACUGGGUCGAGUACAAGGACCAGGGGUCUGUCGACAGCAAGAUCUUCCCUGGCAACUUGGACAAUAAUUCCCACAAGAAGAACAUGUUCGAGAUGCCCUUCCUGGCUCGCUUUGUGCGCAUCCUGCCCGUCGCCUGGCACAACCGUAUCACCAUGCGUGUGGAGCUGCUGGGCUGUUAGUGCUCGGCCUGGCCGGAGUGACCACAAGGGCCUUGGGGCAGCCGCCCCGUACCUGGUCCUCCUGGCCUUCUGGUGGCCUGCUGCCUCCAACACUCCACCUCCUGAUUGUCUGCGACCUGGGGUGGGGGUGGGGUUCAGUCACCCCUCCCUCCCAACCCCCCUACCCCCUUUCUCCCUGCCCCUGCUGCUGUCCCGUUCUCUUAGGCCCUGUGGGAGUGAAGUAGGUCUGGGAUGGAGUGGGAAGGGCAGAGUAGGGAGUGGGGGCUGCAUCUCCCCGGAUCCCUGGUUCUAGUCUCUAGUGUUUUCCUGACACUCGCUCCCGCCCCCCAAGUGCCCACUGCCCCCGGAGGAAGGCCCUGAGGCACCAGGCUAGAGAUAACGGUCUCAUGUCCCUCAGCACGAUGCUGCCACUCCUGCCGCUGCCACCAAGCCCUCUGACACAUCCCCCCCUUAUCUCCCUGGAGACCUCUUGACCCUUGGCCUAAAAAGAGACAGAAGGGAAUGGGGUGGGUGGGCUUCCGGAGAGAUAGGGGUGGAGGUGGGUGGCCUGCGGGGGAGGCACCCUCUGUGCUGGUUCUUUACCCCAGAGUACACAGGCAGCUUCAGAAAUAUAUUUAUGUCACCCCC